GUAGAUGUGGUUUAAACCAUUUAAUAAUGCAAUGUUGAUAUAGUAGCCAUUUUUAAACUAUUGUAAAAAAUGCAUUUUUAUAUGCAUUUUUUAACUGUGAAAUUUCUGGUUUUAAAUUUCUGAAUGAAUAUGAGCACCCAUGUAAUAGACAACAAUACUGCUGUCAUUCUUAAACAGAGAAGAAAUAAAAUUAGAUUGAGCAUACAAGGGCAUAGCUUGUUAUUUAAGAAAAUAAAUGCUAAGCGUCAUGAUGGAGUGUGUCAGCAUUGCAAAGGUAUCUUGGAAUGGCGGGUAAAAUUCAGAAAGUACAAACUACUUACAAAACCUAAAAAAUGUGUGAAGUGCCUCCAGAAAACUGUAAAAGAUCCUUACCAUAUUAUUUGUCGACCGUGUGCUGGUAAAUUAGAAAUUUGUGCUAAGUGUGGGAAACAAGAAGAAAUAGUAAUUCCGAUUGAUAAAGAACAAGACAGAACUGAGAGUGAAGCUUCUAAAAAUGACCAAGAGAGCAGUAAAUUGAAGAAUGAGCUGGAUUUUGAUACAAAUUUUAGUAGUGCAGACAGUGAUGAAGAUUCUGAUGUGCUUGAAGAACGAUUUAAAAGUAUCAAUUUUGAAACAACAGAGAUCUAAAAGGUUGUGUUUAUGCUAGAGAUUAUAUGCAAUCAAAUAUGGUAAACCAAUGCUUGCCUUAAAGUGCUCCAAACCCUGAUUUGACAUCUAAGGUCCUUUUAUGUAAAUGUUGGCAUUGUGUAUGAUGAUGCAUGUGGGGAUUUGUAUUAAUGCACAUUUUUGUGUAUUAGGAACAGAAUUUCUUUGAAAAUACCCAGAAAUCCUAUCUGUAAGCACAGUUAUUUAUUUCAUACAUGUAACAACUUACUGUUUCUUUGGAAUAAAGCUUCUUUGUGUAAUUGAAAUUCAGUAUUAUGCGACCUUUGGAAGUAUUAUUGCUACCUGGAAAUCUACUUGAAAGUCUAGAAUAAACAGAGAUAG